AUGAUCUCUCAACUGGGAAACCAAAUUGUUGUGAACGAGCUGGUCUUACCAAGAAAUCAUCUCCAUAUGUCUGAAGAGGGCCGACUAGAACAUUCCCAACUUCCUCUUAUCGAGUUUGAAGCUGUUGUCACAGCCACCGAACAUUUCGCUGACAAAAACAAGCUCGGCCGAGGUGGUUUUGGUGUUGUUUACAAGGGAAAGUUACUUGACGGGCAAGAAAUUGCGGUGAAGAGACUAUCGGAAAAUUCAACACAAGGUACUGAUGAGUUCAUGAACGAAGUUAGACUAAUUUCAAAGCUUCAGCACAAGAAUCUUGUCCGCCUACUUGGCUGUUGUGUUAGUGAGGCGGAAAAAAUGCUAAUCUACGAGUACUUGGAGAAUCUAAGUCUCGACUCUCAUCUCUUUGAUGAAAGCAGAAGCUGUAUGUUAAAUUGGCAAAUGCGAUUUGAUAUCAUCAAUGGUAUUGCCCGAGGGCUUCUGUAUCUUCACCAAGAUUCACGGUUUAGAAUCAUCCACAGGGAUUUGAAAGCAAGCAAUGUCUUGCUUGAUAAAGAUAUGACUCCAAAAAUUGCAGACUUUGGAAUGGCUAGGAUCUUUGGACGGGAUGAGACGGAAGCUAACACGAGGAAAGUGGUCGGAACUUAUGGCUACAUGUCUCCAGAAUAUGCGAUGAACGGGACAUUCUCGAUGAAGUCAGAUGUGUUCAGUUUUGGGGUCUUGCUUCUUGAAAUUAUAAGUGGCAAGAGGAACAGAGGCUUCUGCGACUCGGAUAGUAGUCUUAAUCUUCUCGGAUAUGUGUGGAGGAAAUGGAUACAAGGUCAAGGCCUAGAGAUAGUAGACAACACAUCACCAACGUCCAGGCCACGUGAAGAAAUCUUAAGAUGCUUACAAAUUGGCCUCUUGUGUGUUCAAGAACGCGUAGAGGAUAGACCAAUGAUGUCAUCAGUAGUUUUGAUGCUCGGAAGUGAAGCAGUAUUGAUUCCUCAACCUAAACAGCCAGGUUAUUGCGUUGGUAGCUGCGGCAGUUCUCGUGACACCUAUUCUUCUACUUGGAUUAAACGGCAUGACGAUGAAUUUGGCACGGUGAACCAAAUCACCAUGUCGAUCAUUGACGCUCGGUAA